AUGUCGACUGAACACCCACCCCGGACUCUGUUUUUUGAUACCUUUGGCACGGUCGUUGAAUGGCGUUCAUGCGUCACUACGGCCUUGCAGACCGCUGUCCAGCAGGCCUUAGAUGACCCCAACAAGAACCUGUCAGCCAGCGUGCGGGAACAUGCGUCUGCAAUGAGCUCACAGGACUGGCUGGCUCUCGCCGUAGAAUGGCGCCAGUCCUAUGGCAAGUUUACCAAGACUUUCGAUCCUUCCAAAGAGUUCGUGUCGGUAGAUCAGCACCACUAUAACGCCAUACAAGACCUACUACGGCAACGGGGCAUCCACGAGCUAUUCACCGACAGUGAACUAUGGGAGCUUGCUUUCUGCUGGCACCGACUCGACCCGUGGCCGGACAGCACACAGGGGUUGGAAUUGCUGAACUCCAAAUUCGAAACUGCCACUUUGUCCAAUGGCAAUGUAUCCUUACUUGAGGACCUGAAGAGAAAUGGGCCCCUGCCUUUCACCCAUCUCGUCAGCGCGGAGCAUUUUGGGGCCUAUAAACCCUCGCCCAAGGUUUAUCAUGGGGCAGCCAACAAGUUCGGACUGGAGCCGGCGCAGUGCGCGUUGGUAGCCGCGCACCUUUACGAUCUAAAGGCGGCCAAGAGUUGUGGGUUUCAAACAAUUUACGUCGAGCGGGACUUGGAGGAGUCCUUGCCGCCAGAUCAAGUUAAGCAAGCCCAGGUGGAAGGGUACGUUGAUAUGUGGAUUGGGCUGAAUACAGGGGGCUUCCUUGAGCUGGCUCGACGGUUUGGUAUUAAGUCGGAUUCGUAA